AUGGGUGAUAAAUAUGAACUAAUUGAUCAAAAUGAUCCUAACCAGUUGAUACCAGCAGCACCAAAUGCUCCACCAGGAUCACCAUCUGCUGAUACAACACCAUUACCGGAUCCAGAAGCUGAACUAUUAAAGAGUGCUGCUACCGAUCUUUACACCAAAAAAAUGGAAUCUGGAAUAUAUGUUGGUGCUAUAAUGUUAAAUAUUAUUGUAUUUUGUAUUGGUAUAGCUAUUGGCUACUAUGCUUUAUAA